AUGCGUAAAGUCCUUGUCUGCUGGCUUCUGAACCAAUACAACUUACCAAAGCGAACUAUUGUCAACGCAUUGGCGAAGAGAGUGAAGCCAUAUUUGCCGCAAAUUUGCGGUACAAUUCUGUGGCGUCUAAACAAUAAGUCGGCGAAAGUGCGACAACAGGCGGCGGAUCUCAUCUCAAGAAUCGCAAUUGUGAUGAAGACCUGUCAGGAGGAGAAACUAAUGGGACAUUUAGGUGUCGUUCUCUACGAGUAUUUGGGCGAAGAAUAUCCAGAGGUUUUGGGUUCAAUAUUAGGCGCAUUGAAGGCGAUUGUGAACGUGAUUGGUAUGCAUAAGAUGACGCCUCCCAUCAAAGACCUGUUGCCCCGUUUGACACCAAUUCUGAAGAACAGACACGAGAAGGUUCAGGAAAAUUGUAUCGAUUUGGUCGGAAGGAUCGCCGAUCGCGGCGCCGAAUACGUGUCGGCCCGCGAAUGGAUGCGAAUCUGUUUUGAAUUAUUAGAGCUCUUAAAAGCGCACAAAAAGGCUAUCAGAAGAGCCACAGUCAACACUUUCGGGUAUAUCGCCAAAGCUAUCGGUCCGCACGACGUGUUGGCCACUCUUCUCAACAAUCUUCGAGUUCAAGAGCGGCAGAACCGGGUCUGCACUACCGUUGCCAUCGCUAUCGUGGCCGAGACGUGUUCGCCCUUCACUGUAUUGCCGGCGCUUAUGAAUGAAUACCGAGUGCCCGAACUGAACGUCCAAAACGGUGUUCUCAAAUCACUGGCCUUUCUCUUUGAAUACAUCGGCGAAAUGGGAAAGGAUUACAUCUAUGCCAUCACUCCUCUACUGGAAGACGCGCUGAUGGACAGGGAUUUAGUGCAUAGACAGACGGCGUGCGCCGCCAUUCAACACAUGGCACUCGGAGUUUAUGGGUUCGGUUGCGAAGACGCGUUAACGCAUAUAUUGAACUACGUUUGGCCCAACAUUUUCGAAACCUCUCCUCAUUUGGUUCAGGCAUUUAUGGGAGCGAUUGAAGGCCUAAAAGUGUCUUUGGGUCCGAUCAAGAUGUUGCAGUACACCAUUCAGGGUCUCUUCCAUCCGGCGCGCAAAGUAAGGGAUGUCUAUUGGAAGGUAUAUAACACGCUAUACAUCGGAGGUCAGGACACACUUGUGGCCGGUUAUCCCCGCGCGUCAAACGACUCCAAAAAUAAUUUUAUUCGUUACGAAUUGGAUUACGCGCUCUAA